AUGGGUUUCCCAUUCUACGGUCAGAGUUUCUCUUUGAUGGCGAAUGCUGGAAAUAGUUUAGGCGCAUCGUCGUACGCUGGCGGGGAAGCUGGAGACGAAACCAGGGCUAGAGGACAACGGAACACACGAAUAGAGUUAUGGUGGUUCUUGGUGAGAACAGUGCAAAGAGUCAUACUAUUUCAGAUUUGUGAACGCAUUCGAGUCCAAGGCUGGCGGGUCCGCCGGGACCCCGGAGGUCGUAUGGGACCUUACACCACAUUAAACGACCAAUGGGUCUCCUUUGACGAUGAUUUUCUGAUUCGCCAUAAAGCUGAAUUUGUUCGCGCCAUGGACUUGGGAGGAGUCAUGAUUUGGGCCCUGGAUUUUGAUGACUUUACGGGCAAAUAUUGCGGAUGUGGGAAAUAUCCUUUGCUUACAACCAUCAACCAUGUUUUAAGAGGGCAUGAUACUUCAAUUGUUAGAAUUGAACCUGCUGUCUAUAAAAGGAAAUUGAGUGUCCUGUACUGUUACCUCUUAGACGAGCUUAAGUGUGCACCAUUUUAUAAUGCAUUGCAUAUUGAAUAUGUUGACAGUUUUCUGUAG